UAGAAAGAUCGUUUUGCUGAAGCUGAAGACGCUGCAGGCAGAAACAACCAUUUUGUUAAACUAAUAUGAGUCCAGUAAACAAAGGUGGUCGUGAGUCUCCAAGUCCAAACCAAUCCUGACUCUUUUAAAAUCCACCAGUAGCCAAUCAGAGCUCAGAGCCGUUUGAAAUGAACGCUGAUCCAACCAAUCAGAAGGCUUCGCGCCUUCCUGGUCACUGGUGAGUUCGCCCAGAGAGGGAGGGAGAACCGAGUUGUAUAUCAAACGUUAGCAAAGUUCUUUUUAAAAAUAUAGAACUCUUAAUUUAUUAUUUCAUCGUCCUGUGAAUGAUUGUUCAUCGCUUUAUCUCUGGACAUAUUGGCGCAAAACCAGGUAAUUAAAAAUGCCUUUACCGAAGUACCCGACAGGAGACACGGUGAUGGGCCGUUGGCCGGGUAGCAGCCUGUAUUAUGAGGUCAAGGUACUCGGUUACGAUUCCAGAAGUCGACUCUACACAGUUAUCUACAAGGAUGGAACAGAGCUGGAGCUGAAGGAGCAGGACAUCAUGAGUCUCGCUGGCUUCCAGGCCCGAUCACGCUCACCAGGACGCCGUCGCAGUCGGUCGCGGUCCCCUGCGCGGACCACGCGGCGCUCUUCCUCUCGUGCUGCUGCUGCUGCCGCCGCGAUAGCGGAUGGUGCAACACCGUCUCGCAAGGACCCAAAGCAGAGAGACGCGCUGGAGACGAGGCCCACUGAGAAUAACAGCAACGAUAAGCAUGAGCAGAAGGACGAGAAAAGCAUGGCUCCCAGAGUCAGUGAGCCUGAGAACAAAGAAGAGGCGCAGCCUGAGAAGAGCCAGGGUCGUUACAAUCUGCGCCGGAGGAAGGAUGACGGAGAUGUGGAAACAGUAAAUGCUAAACCGGAACCCAAGCAGCAACCGGGGGCUACGACACUGGCAGCUGCUUGGGCCACACCGCCUGUCCCGCUGGAUUUCGGAGGGAAGCUAGGAGCAUUUUUCUGGCUGCUUUUCCUUCCAGCUUGGGUUCUGUUUCUGAUUCUUCAAGUCAACCAAGAAGACCCCAGUCUGACUAACUUCCCUCCUCCUUUUCCUCCUCUGGAGACUUUCUGGGACCUCCGGGCUCUUGGCUUUGUGCUCCUCUGGAUCUUGCUCCAGGCUCUGCUCUACAUUUUACCGAUUGGAAAGCUCAGUGAUGGUGUCCCACUGAGGUCUGGUGAGACACUUCGAUACAGAACCAACGGGUUCUUUGCCUUCGCGGUGAGUGCCGCUGUGGUGGCAGCAGCGAUGUACCUCGAUGUGGACCUCACCUACAUUCACAGCCACUUCCUGCAGUUGGCUGUGGCCUCCUUCCUCGUCUCCCUGCUCCUCAGUGUCUACCUGUUUGUCCGCGCUCGCUCUGCUGGUCUUGGAGAGCUGGCUCUGGGGGGGAACUCGGGAAACGUGGUCUAUGACUUUUUUAAAGGACGAGAGCUGAAUCCUCGUAUCAAAGGCUUUGAUCUGAAGUUUUUCUGUGAGAUGCGUCCUGGACUCAUCGGCUGGUGUUUGAUCAACUUCGCCAUGGCACUAGCUGAGAUGAAACAUCAAGGCCUGGAGACUCCAUCGUCCUCCAUGAUCCUCGUGAAUGUCUUCCAGCUGCUUUACGUGAUAGACGGCCUCUGGAACGAGGAGGCCAUCCUGACAACCAUGGACCUAAUGCAUGAUGGUUUUGGCUUCAUGCUAGCCUUUGGUGACCUAGUGUGGGUUCCCUUCACCUACACGCUGCAAGCGUACUACCUGGUAGACCACCCCAACCCCCUGAGUCUCCCUGUCCUUUUCGCCAUCGUUGUUCUGAAACUCGUUGGAUUCUACAUUUUCCGGAAGUCAAACUCUGAGAAGAAUGCUUUCAGAAGAAACCCGUCGGACCCCAGGUUUUCCCACAUGAAAACCAUCCCUACAGCUACAGGCAAGAGUCUGCUGGUCUCCGGCUGGUGGGGGGUGGUCCGCCACCCCAACUACCUGGGAGAUCUCCUCAUGGCCCUGGCCUGGUCCCUUCCAUGUGGCUUCAGACACCUCCUGCCGUGGUACUACAUGAUCUACUUCAUCAUCCUGCUGGUGCACCGUGACUCUCGGGACAUGAGUGACUGCAGGAGGAAGUACGGCUCGGCGUGGGACGAAUACUGCCGGACUGUACGCUACCGGAUCAUUCCUCGUGUCUACUGAGGAUCCCGCUGCCCUGCAGCCUGUUCAUCCCAGCGUUCCGACCGCCUGAGCUGAUCGUGGUGGACUCAAUUCAGCUUCUUACAUAAAUAGUUUCUAAAAGUCUUGAAUCUGGACUAAAGAAGUGUUUUAGGAUAAAUGAGGAAAAGUUCAGUCUAUUUUGGACAAAUUUAGAAAAAAAACGUUCUGGAUUUAGGUAGAAAUGAUUUUUAAAGACAAAACAAAGUUUACAAAGAUGAAGGAAAAGCUCUUUUAGGAUCGACUCUAGGGUGUACUGUAUAUUUCUGUAAAUACACUUUGGUUUUUAUACGAAAACGACACGCAGAACUUUUACCUUUGCUGUUGGUUUGUUUUCAUGCGGCUGCAGUUUGAGCUCGGCUUUAAUGAGUUGGUUCUGCUUCCUGCUCUGGCGUGUGUGUGUGUGUGUGUGUGUGUGUGUGUGUGUGUGUGUGCAGUCACUUCUCAGGAUCUAACUUGGAAUGUUUAUCUCUUUUUUAUCAGGGUAUCCGCAGGUCCUUAAAAAGUCUUAAAUUAGCUUUUCCAAAUUUAAGGCCUUAAAAAUCCUUAAAAAUUACAAAUAAUCCUUAAAUACAGUUUCCAAAGGUCUUAAAUUACCAAAGACCCAAUUUUCAUGAAUUUCUAGUGAGUGUUCAGCAUUUUUUUGUGUACGAUGUUGCCGUAAGUGGAACCGUACACAUGCAGUUGGUUGUUAGAGGGGGCUUUUUUAGAUGAGCACAUUAGCUGGUUAAGCUAGUGGGAGCUUGCGCCAUGGGGAAGGGCAAGUUGAAUGGUAACUGGAUGGCUAAUCCCACGUUCGCGACGUGGUUAGCACCGGUUCCAGGCAAUAGCUGGAAAUUAUAGGUUAAAUUUAAUUUAAGAGAAUAGCUUAAAUUUGGUCAAAGUGGCCUUAAAAAGGUCUUAAAGUGUUAAAUGUGGCUCCCUUAAACCUGCAGAUACCCUGUUUAUGUCUGAUUCCGGAGUGUAAAACGAGGAUUUGAUCAGUGUUUUAUUUCUGCAUAUCUGACCAGGCGGUGGAACCCCCACCCUUUUAACCUGUUCUCACUUCUAAUGGGAACCCACAGAGUUUAGUGGAGCGGGAAUAUUCAAUUCCAGGCCGGGAGAGCCAGUAUCCAUGUUUUAGUUUUAACCUGCUUCAACACACCUGAUUUCAAUCAGCAGGUGAUUAACAGGCUUCUGCGGAGCCUGAUGAGCUGCUGAACAGGUGAAAUGUCCAGAAUUUGUCAUUUUUCGUCUACAGACUGACCUACGCGUCACCGGUCGGCUGCAGACGUGAAUCUGCCUCUGUGCGUCUGUUAAUCUUCCAAGUUGCAGGAAAAGAUUCGACACUGCGUGUUUACACUCAGAUUGUCGAGACUUCAACAUCAUGUUCCCUUCUCAAGGUCCUUCUGUGGCUGAACCAUUGAAUCUAGUGUGUUGGAGCAGAGAAACCACUAAAACGUGCUGGAUACCGGACUUGAGUAGCCCUGCUGUAGAGCAUGUAGCACCACUUCAGUAUUGUGAGGCUCUGGUUCAGGUGAUGUGGAGGCGUCCCACAAGGCCACUGAUGAUGAUGAUGAUGAGAUGGAAUAGCGAAGUUGAUACUGUGACAUUAUGCAGAUCUGUUUCCAUUUCUAAUUUGUGAAGGUUUUUGGAUGCGUGUACAGUUCUCGCUCAGCAGAGAUAAACUAGACUAGGUAGCUUGGUGUCAAUGCUGUGUAAAUACUGCUGUGAUCUUGUAACUUUUCAAUAAAACACUUAAGAGCUUUUGA